CGGGUGGUGUGCAAGGCGGCGCAUUGGCUUUUCCAGAGGACAGCGGGGCAACGAGGUUAACAGGAAUUACAAAGAUUCUGAAGAGUGGAGAACCUGGCAGAUGUGACCAAGGCUUAAUAAGACUAGCUGAAGAAGGAAUGAAGGAUGGCAGCACGCCGGGCAUUGAGAGCUGUUUUGGUAGAUCUCAGCGGCACACUGCACAUUGAAGACGCAGCUGUGCCAGGCGCACAGGAAGCUCUUAAAAGAUUACGUGCUGCUUCUGUGAUAGUUCGUUUUGUGACCAAUACAACCAAAGAGAGCAAGCAAGACCUACUGGAAAGGUUGAAAAAACUGGAGUUUGAGAUCUCCGAAGAUGAAAUAUUCACUUCUCUGACAGCAGCCCGAAACUUAGUAGAGCAGAAGCAAGUCAGGCCCAUGCUGCUGGUUGAUGACCGCGCAUUGCCUGAUUUCAAAGGAAUACAAACAAGUGAUCCCAAUGCUGUGGUCAUAGGACUGGCACCAGAACAUUUUCAUUACCAGCUUCUGAAUGAAGCAUUUCGGUUACUCCUGGACGGAGCCCCUCUGAUAGCUAUCCAUAAGGCCAGGUACUACAAGAGAAAAGAUGGCUUAGCCUUGGGACCAGGACCAUUUGUGACUGCCUUAGAGUAUGCCACAGAUACGAAAGCCACAGUAGUGGGAAAACCAGAGAAGACAUUCUUUCUGGAAGCAUUGAGGGACACUGGCUGUGCACCAGAGGAGGCUAUCAUGAUAGGAGAUGACUGCAGGGAUGAUGUUGGUGGGGCUCAGAACACUGGCAUGCUGGGCAUCUUAGUUAAAACUGGGAAAUACCGAGCAGCAGAUGAGGAAAAGAUUAAUCCACCUCCGUACUUAACUUGUGAGAGCUUCCCUCAUGCUGUGGACCACAUUCUGCAGCAUCUUCUGUGAACCAGCAAGUGAGGUGAGGCAGCUGGAUCCACAGCCUCCAUUGUCUGGACUAGACAUAUCCCUUUCUAACUCAGCAGACAGUGCCAUCCAGUGCUGAUCCUGUUUAACCCUCUCAUUGUGCAUUAAUUAGGAAGAAGGUAUUGAAUUGCAGCCAGCCGGAAACCUUGCUAAUCUCUUUUGUUUUGUUUUGUAAAAGAAGAUGAGACCUGAAGAAAGGGAGAACUGAGAUUUUGUGCCGUUCCUGUUAAAAUAUUCAUCGUGUUCACUGGGCUGGGAGAAGCUCCUGCAGAGUGGAGUAGCAGUAGUUUUAACUUUCUCUCUGCUGCAAAUGGGAGGGAUUGUCCAGAACCGUGCAGGGCGCAGGGGACAGUGCACUCUGCUGUCAUUGGGAUGCGAUGCUCCACUGUGAAAACAGCAGAAGAGCCACGUAGAAGCACGGUGAGGCCUUCAGCUGAUCCAGUGAAGUUACUUUCACAGAUGUGGGAAACCAGAUCUUCCACUGUAUUCCCAGCACAGAUGACUUCUUUUUCUCUUCAUUAGCUGGAGAUGACUAAUUUAAAUUUAGAACCCGAAUUUAAUUUAAAAUAAUAUUUCCAUUAAUAACCUAUUCAUUGCAGAUACCUAUUAUACUGUGUAACAGUUGUUUUGGAAAUUUUAUGUAAAAUUAAAACUAUCAGUAUUUUACAGAUGUUUUAAUUAGACAUUGUUAUUAACAGGAACAGUGCAGAAACUAAAAUCAAGCCUUUAAUGUCUUAUAGACCGUGCAUUUUUGAAGUUAGUGUCCACUAGAGACCUAUUAACUGUACAUUUGCAAGAUUUCAUUAUUUUUGCCUCUGACACUAUGGGAGAAAUCUUUUAGGAACUACUGGGACAGAUUCAAGCUUUUAUGUACUUCUUACUACAGUUGUAAAAUGAGAUCUCGUCUCGGCGCCUGGAUUAUUCUUCUCAUGUUAAACCCACCCAAAUGAAGGAGACUAAGUAGGUAAUGAUUUUCCUGGUGCAUUUGCAUGCUGUGCUAAUCUGAGGCCAUGGCAAUUGUUUUACAGGGCUCUUGGGCACUGAAUUAUUAGAAUGUAAUUGUGUAUCAUUGCAGUGCUCACCUUAUUGAGGCACACACUAAUGUUAAUGAGCUUCAAGCUUUGAUGCUUGUUUAGAGAUCAGCUCUGUCUUGGAUAGAAGGGAACAAAGCUAAAUAAAUGGUAUUUUAGUAA